GCGCCGAGGUCGCAGAGAAACCCACAGGAUUUUGAUGUUUAGCGCUUACAACAACACGUUGCAGAAGAUCGCUCUCAUGGCUUCUAAACCUAGAGCUCACAUUAUGCCUCAACUUGCAGGGAACCCAGCGAAGAGGGCGAGAGCGAUGAGCUCGAUGACGGCAUCGGAGUCUUCCAUCAAAGACCCAUUUGCCAAAUACGCCGAAUAUCUCAAUAACCUUAAUGAGAAAAGGGAAAGAAUAGUGAAGGCAAGCCGGGACAUAACAAUGAACAGCAAAAAGGUUAUAUUCCAAGUUCACAGAAUGAGCAAGCACAACAGGGAUGAAGUUCUGGACAAGGCCCAGAAGGAUUUAGCUAAUGUAACUCAACAGUACGUUUCCAAAUUGGUGAAAGAGUUGCAAGGCACUGAUUUCUGGAAGCUAAGGCGAGCUUAUUCUCCCGGUAUUCAAGAAUACGUUGAAGCAGCUACUUUCUGUAACUUUUGCAGAAAUGGGACUCUGCUUAAUUUGGAUGAGAUGAAUGCCACUCUCUUGCCACUGAAUGAUCCGGCCCAUGAGCCUUUGCAAAUCAACGUUCUUGAUUAUCUCUUAGGGCUUGCAGAUUUGACGGGUGAGUUGAUGCGGAUGGCAAUUGGUCGUAUAUCUGAUGGCGAGCUUGAUUAUGCUGAGAAGAUAUGUCGCUUUGUGCGUGAAAUCUACAGGGACUUGACCCUGAUCGUCCCACAUAUGGAUGAUAGUUCGGACAUGAAACAGAAGAUGGACACCAUGCUUCAAAGUGUGAUCAAGAUCGAGAAUGCUUGCUUCAGUGUCCAUGUUAGAGGAUCGGAGUACAUGCCAAUGCUUGGAUCCAGCGAGCCUGGCUCAUUUCUGCUAGGGAUGGCUGACAAUGAUUUCUGAUGUAAACUCGAGGCCUCAAUCUCGAAGAACCUUUUCCCUCCUUCGUACCCUAGCAGAAGAUAGAACUACCUUUAUUUGCUGCUUGCAGUGUUACUCGUGUAUGCACUCUCGAAAAGUGAAUGGUCUGUGUCCUCCAUUUGAAGUUCUCAUGGCAACCCAACUGGCAUUUGAAGAUGAGCUUCGAUCUUGAGCUUAAUACUGUGAAGCAAACAGAGAAUGUUGAAAGCUAACUUCAUUUUGCUGCAUCCCAGAUCUUCCUUCAGCUCUCUCAAGUCUCAACAGCUCUUUCUGUCUGCUGGAAAUGAGCUUGAGCUGAGUUUUGGUAGGAUAUCAUGUUUGCCUUGGGUACUACAUGAGCAGGGAAUGGUGCUAAUCUUCGAGACACACAUACACUUGUCUCAUCUUGUUCAAAUAUGUUUUUGUUGCAUAUAAGUUAUCAGGUGUGUUUUAUCAGCUUUUCCCUUUAAACCGCUGAUUUGAUGGGUUUACUAUAUCAGUAGAUAAAAAUUUCUUCUAUUUUUGUUUUUGAUAAUCAUCAGUAAGUUGCGCAGGGGUAGGGGUGUGUGAAACAGUCCGAGUCAGACCAAACUCAUGAAAAGACAGUCUAAUAGUGAAUGACUCCUUAAUACUAACGAAUUGUAUUCGGUUUGGUUUGGUCCGGUUCAUAUAUAAACUCGAUUAAUGCAGGGUUCAAGAAAUCGUAACUUCGCGU